AUGUCGUUUGAUGAAGAAAACUGGACAACGAGGACAAAAACGACAACAAGUCGUGCCGGCGAUCAAGCCCUUGGAUUGUCACGUGGAGGAGGAUCCAGCACAAUAGACGAAAAAGAAGUGGUGGUGGACGAUCGGUUCAAUUAUGCCUUGUUGAUUGUACUGUAUACCCUACAAGGGAUCCCCAUGGGCUUGUCGGCCAGUAUUCCAUUCUUGUUGCAAGAAAAGAUUGGCAAAUUGGCCGCAUCGGCCGCGGCUUCCACCAUGGCCACUGCUGCUGGUGCAGCCACAUCAUCUAGUGUGGCGUCCAUUCAAGCAUCUUCCUAUCAUGCCAAUGCCAUUUUUGCCCUAUGUAGCUGGCCUUUUUCCUUGAAGUUGUUAUGGGCGCCCAUUGUCGAUGCCAUUUAUUUCAAAAGGUUGGGACGUCGAAAAUCUUGGUUGGUGCCCAUUCAAUUGUUGGCGGGUGCCUUGCUUUGGGGUGGUGCCAACUUUGUCGAGGAGGAAUUGGGUUUGGGACAUUUGAGUUCCAGCGGAGGUGGUGAAAUGAAUGUCAAGGGAGUCACGUUAUAUUUCUUUGCGCUCUACUUUCUCAUGGCGACUCAAGACAUUGCCGUCGAUGGAUGGGCGCUCACCAUGCUAUCCAAAGCCAAUCGAGGCAAGGGACCAAUGUGCAAUUCCAUUGGACAAAACAUUGGAUACUUUUUGAGUUUUGUAGGAUUUCUGGCCAUGAAUGACGUUGAAGCGAGCGAAACCUUGUGGCGACCUUUACUUCGUCUACCUUCCAAUCCCACCAAGGGAUUGGUCAGUUUGCAAGGAUUUCUCAAAUUCAUGGGGGCGACCAUGUUGGUCACUACCCUGGGUGUGGCCAUUUGGAAACGUGAGUUGCCUCCCGUCUCAACUACUACUGGUAAUGGUGUUUUCAAUCAAGUACAACACAAUGAUGAUGACGAUGCCGAGUUGGAUGCUGCCGAACUGGGAUUAAAGGAAACCUAUCAUCGAUUGUGGGCGGUCUGCCAAUUGCCAUCGGUCCGACUUCUCUUUUUGAUUCUCGUCACCUACCGACUCCCCACGGCACUCUCCGACAAUGUCAAAUUUCUAAAGGCGGUCGAAUUGGGCAUGAGCAAAUCCACGACGGCCCUCCUCUCACCCACGGUUAUUUUGCCACUGGGCAUCCUAGUGCCGAUUGCUGCCCAUCACAUUUGGCACAAGGAGGGUCCCUUACGACAAUUCCUCACUGCCUAUCAAUGGCGAGUUACGGUCAUUCCUCUAUUGGAUAUACUCAUGUUGCACAUGAUUACCAAAUCUCAAAAUCAUCAUGGCGGACUCUUUUGGUUGGCCAUUUUGGCAUCGACGGCGGGACAAGCCAUUUGCAAUUCCCUUCAAUUCAAUGCCCAAAUGAUCUUUUUUGCCUCAAGAGUGGAUCCCGCCAUUGGUGGAACGUACAUGACCCUAUUGAAUACGGCGGCAAAUCUAGGUGGGACGUGGCCCUCCAGUGCGGUCAUGGGAUUCUUGGGAUAUCUUACCAAGAUGCGACAAGAUUCUUGUGGUACUAGUAAUGAUGGUCCUGCUAUUGGUGUCAUCACCAACAGUAACAGUGGUGGCUUCUUUUGUGCGACAGAUCCCUACUUUUAUUUGCAAGCCAUCUUUUCGGCACUUGGAAUUGCUUGGAUCAUCUACUUUUCACCCAAAUUGAAACGCUUGGCUGCCUUGCCCGAUGACAUGUGGCGGACCCAUUUGUUGGAUGGCCAGGAUGGUGGUACUCCAGAUACCACAGGUACCACUACUGUUGGCAUGAGAAAAAAGUUUGAUGGAGAUAAGGUUGAUUUGGGUGAUUUGGAAGACGGUGACUUGAAAGUAAAUGCUCCUAUUGCCAGAGGCGGAAGCAAAAACAAUAGCAACAACAACAACAACAACUCUAAGCAAGCAUAG